AUGCAAGCCGAUAAUGUUGAAGUCGUUGAAGUGACAAAGGGCUUCCUGUCCCUGGUAGCCAAAGAAAAUAUUCUGGCAGGAUCGUUUCUUGCUGAUGUCUGGGGACCAGUGGUGAGUCGGGCCACACCCUACACUAUUCAAGUGGAUGUCAAUAAACACGUGGAUCCUGUUGGCCCGUUAAAACGCACUAACCAUUCCUGCAAUCCAAAUGCCAAGUUCGUUUAUGAACCACGCCUGAAGGAGGAUGAAAUCAUGGGCUUCGAUAAAGACCACAAAAUCUUUUGGCAACUGGUGGCCACACGUGACAUCAAGAAAGGAGAGGAUAUAACUUUUGAUUACACCACUACUGAGUACGAGAUGGCGCGAGCUUUCAAAUGUCUCUGUGGAGUCGCAAAUUGUUUGGGUGAAGUUAAAGGCUUCAAGUUCUUAUCACCCAAGGAAAAGGCUCGCAGAGAAAAGGAAUUAUCUCCAGUGAUGAGAAAACUGCACUAUAAUUUAAUGUCACCUGCGUAA